CUGAAGGUUGGUGAGUCUCUGGUCUAAUGGGAAGAGGAUUCUAAUGUGCUCAGUGCAGACAGUAAGGCAACAGACAACUGUUCUAUGGAAUGCUGUUAUGCAGCAGAAGUGUCGGUGCAAAACAAAUGCUGCAAGUAUCACAAGGGGCUGUGCUUUUGGUUUCUUGCUGUAUAUAGAUACUUUACUAUUAACUUUUUGCUAUUCAGUGAUUUUAUUUCAUUCUGACAAUUUCCUACUGUGACAUCUUGAAAAUAUUUUUAGAAUAACACAAAUUGAGUUAAAAAAGAGAAAGUUGAUUAUCUACUGCUUUUGUUUUAUGAAUGUAUAUAUUCACUUCUAAUCUUUCAGUAUCUUUAUUAAUUCAAAAUGAAUGUAUGUCUGCAUGGCGUCAGUGUGCCUAUAGAAAGAUCAAUUUUAGAUGCAUGUGACUGUCUCUCUUGUCUAACAGCAUGCUAUAAAGGAACUCUGAACUCCCAAGAUUCCUGUACUGAGAUCCAUUUUGAUAAGAAAAAAACCAAAUAGCACUGAAUACAGAUAUAUGUUGAUGGAAUAUGUUGUUAGAUUGGGUUAUUGACUGAAAUACUGUUGAAAGUGGCAGGUGUGAAAUGAUUAGAAAACAUUAAAAUAUCUCUAUCCUUGUGAGGGAUUAAGAGAAUCCAAUUUGCUAUGGAACUGUGCUCUGUAUAUUUGAAGCUUUUCAAGGUUGUUGUGAGUAGUGCAGUCUAGAUGUUUCUGGUAACCUAGUUUGCGUUUGUGUGCUUUUUCUGUUAUAGAGGGUAUAAUCUCAGUAUUUUAGAAAGCAAAGUACAGAUGAGGAAGAUGUUAAAGAAGCAUUUUUGGAUAGAUUUUGUGUUGGGAAGUACUGCUUGCAAUUGAGGAUGUUUUCUGCCAUCUGUGGUUCUGAAAUGUUGCAAAUACAUGAGAAGUCUCACCUGGCAAAUACCAGUUAGUAAGCGCAGUCUUGCAGGAAGCUGCCUUUGCUAGAAUGGCUCAUUUAGAAGGAUUCCUGUCCAUGGACCACAGGUGCUGCAGCAUGAUGCCAGCUCUGGACAAGUUCUUGUGCUCCAGUGCCAUCCCUGCUAUCCAUCCCUGCUGCAGGAGCUCCUUCACCAUGCAUCCUGCCUGGAUCACCAAGACCCUUGCUCCCCUGUGGUGCCAACGGAUUGGGCGCUGCCUCCCCUCCCUUGGCCCAGCAUGGCCGAGGCUGAGCAUGUCACAGAGAUCAGCCAUCUUAGCCAAAAAUGUCCCUGUUCUGGUGAGAGGGGAGCAUGAUGGAUUUUAUUACCAUGGUACAGUAAAAGAGGAGAUGGAGAAUGAAAGGGAGAUGUUCCUGGUAGAGUUUACCAGACCACUUCAGUUGCAUGGAAGGCAUUCGGUAUGCGUGCAAAAAACAGCAAAGGAUGACAUCCUGGAGUAUGCCAAUGGCAUGAAGCAUUCCUUGCUGCCGGGAGACAAAGUAUUGGCACCUUGGGAACCAGAUUUGGUGAGAUAUGGCCCUGGAACUAUCCUCACAGGGAUUGAGACAAGGGACCCCUUACGAGCCUCAGAAGAUGAAGAAAUUGUAGUUCAGUUCUGGAAUAACAAGAAAGUGAAGCUGCCACAAGGUGUAGCGCUGUGGAUCCCUCCUAGCCUGUGUGAGAGGAUUGUGGAGAUGAUCCACAUGCCUUUCUCCAGCAGGUUAAAGCGCAGAGAAAGUCCUGACGCUAACUCAUGCAUUUUUUCCUGCAGUCCUAAAACCACCUGGGUUCCUGUUUGCGUUGCUCAUAGCAACGCUAAGCACAGCUUGCUCUGCUCACCCUGCUGGCCACUUCUCCACUGUCGUUGUGGUGGUAUGUGCUGUUCAUCAGCCUGUGUCCGCUGCUUCUGCUGCUGCCAUGGCCAUUUUGAUGUUUGGUGGCCUCUUCCGCCCAAGUCUCAGGUCAUUCAGAGAGAAGCUGAAGAGGCAGAGCCCAGCAGCAAAUCCUCUCCACGCCUUCUAGAAGUGGAAGGUCCAAAACAAGAGGAGUUAGCAGCUUUGGCAGCACGUUCCCCUUCUGACUCAGAGGGAGAUCCAGAGGUGUUCCCAAAUCAGAGUGCUGUAAUGGACAGUACUGUUAAAACAGACCCCAGUCGUUCUGAGAAGUCCAGGCUGGAGGAAUCUGCAAGACCCAAGUGGAAAUACUGGAAAAGGAACCACUACAAGUCUCGUGCCAGUAAUUCAGGAACUGGCAGACGCAGCAGCAUAUGUACAAAGGGCAAGUUGGAAUCCAAAGCCAUCUCUGUUGUAGACAUGUCCCAUGUUGCACCACCUGAGCAGAAUGCAGUGUUGGAAACUACUGAGCAGCCUCCCAGAGGGCAAUUCACAAUGAAUGAAAAAUACCAGGAUUUCAAGCUAUCAUCAGGGGAGGAAGGUUCUGUAGCAUCAGGAAAACAAAGAUAUAGAGGUACAAGAAAGAAAACAGAGUCGGACAAUAAACAUAAAGCAACUUGCUUAGGAAAGGACAAACUUGGCAGUACAGACUGUAUCAGCAGAGAACAGAGAGGGAAAGAACAGCAGAGCUCAUGCUAAAGCAGGGAGAGAUGUGAUCCAUCAUAACUCAGUAACUCUACAACUGAUGAAGUUCAAGAGCUGAAAUUUCAGGUAAACUGCUUGUACUAUUAGCAAUGUUACGUUUAUUAAGCAAAUAAAGUUCUGAUUUAGGCACUUCAUAGAUUUUAUGGAUAACUGUACUGUUUUAAUGACUGAGACGUGAUUUCCAACCUAAUAACAUUUCAGCAUCCUCAUUCUUUACUCUGUGGUUAGUCUGCUGUUAAAUUGAAUUAUUUGGAUGUGAACUCUUUACAUUUCUGAAGAGAUCAGGGAAACCAGUAUUAGUGUGGAAAGCCUGAGCAGAUGCAAAGCAAGGAUCUAAUAAACCUCCAAUUUAUCUACUGUCCUCUGGUGCUAGCCAGAGGAAUUCAGCCCACCAAUUUCUCUGUGGGAAACCAGAAGAAACAGAGAAAUGAUACAACCUGACAGCCUCAAAUUUUUAUUACUAUUAUUUUUUUUCAGGAUUAAAGCAAAAGAGAGAACCACCAGAGAAUAAGGAAUAUAUAGCUUAACACAGUUCUGUGUGCAGUGUUCAAGCCAUUGAAUUUUAUAUUCUCCUCAACAUUAACUGAAACCUUAAUGCCAUCAGCUAUAAAAGGAUUACAGACUAUAUAGAGCAUGUCAACUAACUGCCUUCUACUGAAAAAGGUAGCUAGGCAAUUCUUAGCCUAGUUUAGAGCCUGCAGACAGGAUUUGAAGCUUGUCAAUAGAGUAUCUCCAUAGAAGGAGAUUCCACAACCUGGGCAGCCUGUUCCAGUGCUCUGUCACCCUCACAGUAAAGCAGUU